GACUUGUGAAGUUGGGAGUUCAUUGUGUAACAUGUCAAAAGGUCGCUAUAAAAAUUGUCAACAGGGAGAAGCUCAGUGAAUCAGUGCUAAUGAAGGUGGAACGGGAAAUAGCCAUCUUGAAGUUGAUAGAACAUCCCCACGUUUUAAAGCUGCAUGAUGUUUAUGAAAAUAAAAAAUAUUUAUAUUUGGUGCUAGAACACGUGUCAGGUGGAGAGCUCUUCGAUUACCUUGUAAAGAAAGGAAGAUUAACACCAAAAGAAGCCAGGAAGUUCUUCCGACAGAUUAUUUCCGCAUUAGACUUUUGUCAUAGUCAUUCAAUCUGCCACAGGGAUUUAAAACCAGAAAACCUACUACUGGAUGAAAAGAACAACAUCCGAAUAGCAGACUUUGGCAUGGCAUCAUUGCAAGUUGGGGACAGUUUACUUGAAACAAGCUGUGGAUCACCGCAUUAUGCCUGCCCAGAAGUAAUCCGGGGAGAAAAAUAUGAUGGGAGAAAAGCAGAUGUUUGGAGCUGUGGAGUCAUUUUAUUUGCAUUGUUAGUGGGUGCUUUGCCAUUCGAUGAUGAUAACUUGAGGCAGCUGCUGGAGAAAGUGAAACGUGGUGUGUUCCAUAUGCCACAUUUCAUCCCCCCAGAUUGUCAGAAUCUCUUACGAGGGAUGAUUGAAGUGGAUGCCUCGAAACGGUUGACACUAGAACACAUUCAGAAGCACAUAUGGUAUAUAGGGGGUAAGAAUGAGCCAGAACCAGAGCAACCAAUUCCUCGAAAGGUGCAGAUUCGCUCCCUCCCUUCCUUGGAAGACAUUGAUCCUGAUGUUUUAGACAGCAUGCACUCAUUAGGUUGCUUUCGUGAUAGAAACAAACUCUUACAGGACCUGCUGUCAGAAGAGGAAAAUCAAGAGAAAAUGAUUUAUUUUCUACUCCUUGAUCGGAAAGAGAGAUAUCCCAGUCAUGAAGAUGAGGAUCUUCCUCCUAGAAAUGAAAUAGACCCGCCCAGAAAACGUGUGGACUCUCCAAUGCUGAACAGACAUGGGAAGCGGAGACCGGAGAGGAAAUCCAUGGAGGUCUUAAGUGUGACAGAUGGAGGGUCCCCUGUUCCUGCACGCAGAGCAAUUGAAAUGGCACAGCAUGGACAGAGUAAAACAAUGUUCAGUAAAAGCCUGGAUAUCUGUGAAGCCAAUCCCACAUUCAGCAAAGAAGAAAGGAUGACGAGUGCUGACACAUUGGGGUCUCGUUCAAUCAGCGGAGCUUCAUCUGGCCUGUCCACCAGCCCUCUCAGUAGUCCAAGGCCUCUCAGAAAAUUUUUCAUCCCCCCUCAGAUUCCCGAUCUCCCUGUCACCCCCCGCCCCCAAGCCUCCCUGGACUCCGAUGCUUGUAGGAACACUUCCAGACCUGGACAUGUUCUGCAACCAAAGCCAGCACUUCAGCCCAACCCAAGGACACAGACUUUACCUUCCAAGAGCAAAUUGGCUGAAAAACCACUUCAGUCUACCAAAUCUAACCCACUCCCUUCUAAUAAUAUUAUUGUUCCUCCGUCUCAGAAUGUCCCUGCACAAAAUACUCAGGGUCGUCCACCUAUUUCUGGGUGUAGCCCACAGCUGGCUGUUUCUACAGUACAGACUAACCCUAUGUCUCCGGUUAGACUGCUCCCUUCCAGUACUGACCCAAACACCAAAUCUAUCCCCAUCAUACAGGUUACCCCUCACCCCUCUCCAAGGGGCAGUCCCCUCCCUACCCCCAAGGGGACACCUGUCCAUACGCCAAAGGAGAGCCCAGCGGGCACACCCAACCCUACGCCGCCAUCCAGCCCCAGCAUUGGAGGAAUGCCCUGGAGAACACGACUCAAUUCAAUCAAGAACAGCUUUCUGGGAUCGCCUCGCUUUCAUCGCAGGAAAUUGCAAGUACCUACGCCAGAAGAGAUGUCCAAUUUAACUCCAGAAUCUUCCCCAGAGCUUGCCAAAAAAUCCUGGUUUGGUAAUUUUAUCAACCUAGAGAAAGAAGAACAGAUCUUCGUGGUUAUUAAGGACAAACCACUGAGUUCUAUCAAGGCUGAUAUAGUACAUGCGUUUCUCUCGAUUCCCAGUCUCAGUCAUAGUGUCAUCUCACAAACAAGCUUCCGUGCAGAGUACAAGUCCACAGGAGGCCCUGCUGUCUUCCAGAAGCCGGUGAAGUUCCAGGUAGACAUUACAUACACAGAAGGUGGGGAGGCCCAGAAAGAGAAUGGGAUCUACUCCGUCACUUUUACACUUUUAUCAGGUCCAAGCCGUCGCUUUAAGAGAGUAGUAGAAACCAUUCAGGCACAAUUGUUAAGCACACAUGACCAGCCGUCAGUGCAACAAUUAUCAGACACCACUAACUGUAUGGAGUUGAUGACUGGGAGACUUUCUAAAUGUGGCAGCCCAUUGAGUAACUUCUUUGACGUAAUUAAACAACUUUUUUCAGACGAGAAGAACGGGCAGGUGAGCCAUCCCCCCGGCACGCCAACCAAGCAUAGCACAAACAGCAAGCGGAGCGAUUCUGAUAAAAAUGACUAUGGGUCUAGAGGAGACACUAAGUUCCCCGCUGGCAAAGAGAAGGCAAAGAUGGCCUCAUCACUCGGCUUACAAGACCAACCUUAAAUAAAUGCAUUGAGGAAAAAUAAUUAAAUCAAGCAGAUAAAAUCACCUAGAAAAGUGAAGAAAAGCUCCC